AUGGACCCUAAGGAAAUGGUUGAAGAAAAAACUCAAAGCCUCUCGAGCCACUUGCGACGACUACUUGGACCAGCACUCGGUACGUUGAAAAAACAUAAGGCUACAUGCGACUCAAUCGGCGACUUCGAAAUGGUUACUGGAGAAACCCGAUCAAGACUUCUUAAAACCAAGGAAUAUAUCAUUGACCUUGAAGGCCCCACACAGAGCCUUACCAAAACACUGGAAAGAGUUAACAGUUACAUCGAGCAAUGGAGAGCCAUAUUAGAUCGGGUCAGCCUGGAGCAAUAUGAACUGGAGAAGAAGAUAAUGGAUGUUUUUCACGAAAAAACGAAGAUGCUUACUCUCCCGGAGGAAGCCGAGGAGAGUUUACUACGUGCACAGAAACAGCUAGCCAGAGCUCGGCUAGCAGAAAUGGAAUUGAAAUUCAACAUGGAAAACAAUGCGAGCACCGCAAACCUGACAGCGACUCAAACCUCGGUGGCAAUCCCAAUCACUAACGUGAAACUCCCGGCACUAUCCCUACCAACUUUCAACGGUGAACCAACUGCAUGGCCACAGUUCAUACAGCGGUUCCGUGGAACCAUCCACCGACGGAACGACUUGAAUGAUGUCGACAAACUCAAUUAUCUCAUUGGACUUCUGGAAGGAGACGCAAAGAAAAUGGUACAAGGGUACCAAAUCAGAGAUGAAAAUUAUUCUAUUGUCAUGGAGACAUUAGAAAAGAGGUUUGGAGAUGACAGAGUCAUUGUAAAUCAACUUAUUCAACGACUGAACACUUUGACACCGAAAGGAACAUCAAUACAUCACACCAAGGCAUACCUGCUCGAAAUGGACCAACUUCGUAAUCAAUUGAAACAAUACAAACGAUCCAUCGGAGACGACCAAUACUGGUACCUGAUAGAAUCAAGAAUACCAAAAUAUCUCGUAUACAAACUUCACGACCGGAAACGAAUCACUUCAGAGUGGAACAACGACAUUGCUACCAAUGAGCUAUUCGACAUGAUUAAGGAAGAAGAAGAAAUGACCAAGACGCGAAAGGAGAACCCCUUCCCUGUUCGAUCAUAUACUAUUCAAUCCGCGGAUCCUCCAAAGGCAAAAUUGUUACCAUGCCUGUUCUGCAAUUCGUCAUCACACCGUUCUUAUCAAUGCCACACCUGUCCCACAGUCAAGGAGCGGCGCGAUAAAAUCCGAGAACUACAUCGAUGUUACUGCUGCCUCCAGCCAUUCGAGAAAGCACACAACUGCGGAAAAACUUGCAGAAAGUGCAAUGGAAGCCAUAACCAACUCAUUUGCGAUGGAGAUCGACAACCAACUCCAGCUCGUCAAUUUCAGCAAGCUCGAGGAACCGGCCAGAAACCUGGAAACAUCCCGAUAGCAACACAGCAACAGCCUCGACCAUGGUUCAAUAAUCCCAAGAACCCCAACUUCACACCAAUCAAGAAUGUUAAGACGUUCACCACGACUUGCCAGGACGAAGAACGUCAAGAGACAGCAGUGAACUGUGCAUUUAGUACUGCGCCAUUUCUGAAGGAAGAAAAGCCGACACUACCUGUAGUGCCGAUUAGAUUAACGAAUGAAGACAGCGGAGAACAACUGGAACUUAUGGCAUUUCUCGACAGCGGUUCGGAAAAGAGCUAUAUCAGGAAAGAAGCAGCUCAAAAACUUGGCCUGGAAAACAAAGGAACGAAGGAACUGUACAUCAAAGGACUUGCGGGAAUGAACCAAAGGAAGAAAGUGGACGUAGUGGAAGCAACGGUGAAUCAUACGUUACCAGUGACCCUAUUCGCUACGGAAACGCUUGUCGGAAAAGUUGGCUACGCCGAACGUCAACCUGAUGGAUCGCAUAAACUUCGCACCGUGACACCAGACUUAUUAAUUGGAUCGGACUACAUGUUCCAAUUAUUGACCGACAGUACCUGCAUCGGCCCAAAUUUGAAGCAGUUUGAGACAGAUUUGGGAACCAUCAUACUUCAUCAACCACAACCUGAACGUAUUGCAACAUGGACAAAUCCAGCAAUCACUGGAGACGAUGAAAACAUGGAUCACCAAUUACAAAACCUAUGGAAACUGGAAAAUUUGGGAUUCUCAACACAACAUCCAGAAACUGUCGACGAAGCACUACUGGAACAAUUCAAGAGGGAUGUCGAAUUUGAUGGGAAACGUUACACCGUCAAAUGGCUUUGGAAUGAGAAGAAGUUGGAACUCUCAACAAACUUCGGAUUGGCCUUCUUCCGACUACAAACAACGAUGAGAAAACUUGAGAAAGAUCCAGAACUGAAGGUGAAAUACAAGAAAAUCUUCGACGAUCAACUCCAAGAAGGCAUAAUCGAGAAGGUUACCACGAAUGAAAUGGACAAUGUGAUUUCAUACGUUCCCCACCAAGCUGUAAUCCGUCCGGAUAAAGCAACUACGAAGAUUAGAGUUGUCUUUGAUUGCUCAGCUUCCCCCAAGGGAGGCAUAUCUCUGAAUGAUGCUCUCCAUCAAGGACCACUUCUUUUACCACAACUCGUCGGAAUGAUCCUUCGCUUCCGCCAUGGACGAUAUGUUACCAUCAGUGACGUCAAACAAGCCUUCCACCAGCUUGGAUUACAACCAUCGGAACGAGAUGCGGUCCGAUUCCUUCUUCCGAAAGACUGGUCCAGACCUGUAUCGAGGACAAAUUUCCAAGUCUACAGGUUCACCAGAGUUCUCUUCGGGGCGACUUGCAGUCCAAGCCUGCUUGCCCUGACGAUCAGGUAUCAUCUGGAGAGAUACCAUGAAGGGCAAGGAUUAAUUCAAAACAUCUAUGUGGAUAACGUCAUGGAAAUAGAUGAUUCGGAAGAAGAUCUGAAGGAACGAUGUCAAAGAACGAAGGAUAUUUUCGCCAACGCCAGUAUGGAGCUUCGAGAGUAUUACUCCAAUAGCGACAAGAUUAUGAAGUUCUUCAACCCAGAACCAGCCACAGUCACAAAGUUUCUUGGACAUCCGUGGAAACUCAAGGAAGACACCUUUGUCAUUCAAAGACCCAAGUUUACGUACGAUGGCGAUGGCACCGUAACAAAAAGAAUGAUGGUAUCUCAUCUCGGAAAAUUUUAUGACCCACUUGGACUUCUAUCUCCAACAAUGUUGCCAUUCAAACGGAUCCUUCAAAAGAUUUGGGACCUAGGGAUCUCAUGGGAUGAUCCCGUGCCCCAAGAACUUGUAUUCGAAUGGACGAAGUAUGUCGACGACGUGAAAGAAAUAGAAGUUCCGCGGAUGGUGGAACUAAAAUCAGAAGACGUCAACAUGGCGGUGUUCUGCGACGCAAGUUCAUAUGGUUUUGGUAUUGCUGCAUAUGUCAUUGGACCGAUGAAAAAACCUGCUUUAAUCUUUGCAAAAUCACGACUGUUCCCAAGCGAACUGAAGAAACGAUCGAGCAUCAAACUGACGAUUCCCAGAAAGGAAAUAACUUCGAUGUAUGGGGCAGCAAAAGUGGCCAAAUUUCUCAUGAAGGAACUACCACAAAUCAAGAACGUCAUCAUCUACUCAGACAGUCAAGUGGCCAUUCAACAGCUAUUACAUGAAGACGAUCAAACCAUCUAUGUCAGAAACAGAGUACGCGAACUUCAAAGCUACAGAAAGGAGAUGGAAUUUCGCUUUAUCGAUGGAAAACUCAAUCCCGCUGACAUUGCAAGUCGCGGAGCAAAAGUAACUGAGCUUAUGCACAACGAAUUAUGGUGGAAAGGACCGGAAUUUCUACUACAGGACAUCACGGAAUGGCCUUCAACAAUGGUUGUCCCAAAACUCACAGACGUUCCCACCGAGACGACGACAACAGCUACCGCGAAAUCCGACGAACCAGCCAGUCUCAUCACAAAAGACAUGAAUUGGAAGAAGCUGAUCAAUGUGACCAAACAUGUCAUCUGCUUCAUCAACAAAUGCCGCCCAGGUCGUACGCCAAUACCAGAAACUCCUCAAGAGGCGGGAAGGCGGCUCGUCAGAGCCGAGCAAGAAAUCUAUCCCCCCACCCCAAAAUUCAAACGAGACGACGUCUCUACAAGGAUGACAUUGGCACGUGGCGAGUGGACACCAGACUGGCGAACGCAGAACGAACGGAAAAUGCAAAGAACCCCAUCUGGCUACCUGUGGAGAGUCCGCUAG